GCGGGUCUUGGCUGCCGGCUCCAGCUGAGCGCGGCCCGCGCGCCUGUUCCGCCCGCGCGCCCGCCCGGCACCAUGCAGAGCGCCCAGUACCCCGAGGCCUAUCGCGACGAGGCUGCGGUACAUGAUUACCAUGGGUGUAAUAUAUGUGACCCGUAUUGCUGGUUGGAAGACCCUGAUAGUGAACAAACAAAGGCUUUUGUGGAGGCCCAGAAUAAGCUUACGGUGCCCUUUCUUGAGCAGUGUCCUGUCAGAGGAUUAUUCAAAGAACGAAUGACUGAGCUCUAUGACUAUCCCAAAUACAGUUGCCACUUCAAGAAAGGAAAAAGGUUUUUUCACUUUUACAAUACUGGACUGCAGAACCAGCGAGUAUUAUAUGUGCAAGAAUCCUUGGAUGCUGAUGCCAAAAUAUUUCUUGAUCCAAAUAAGCUUUCUGAUGAUGGCACUGUGGCUUUACAAGGUUAUGCAUUCAGUGAAGAUGGUGAAUACUUUGCUUACGGUCUGAGUUCCAGUGGCUCAGACUGGGUAACUAUCAAGUUUAUGAAAGUGGACGGUCCUGAAGAGCUUCCAGAUAUGCUGGAAAGGGUUAAAUUCAGUUGCAUGGCUUGGACCCAUGAUGGAAAAGGCAUGUUCUACAACUGCUAUCCAAAACAAGAUGGGAAAAGUGAUGGCACUGAGACCUCCACUAAUGUGCAUCAGAAGCUGUUUUACCACAUCCUUGGGACUGACCAGUCAAAAGAUGUUUUAUGUGCCGAAUUUCCUGAUGAGCCAAAAUGGAUGGGUGGAGCUGAGGUAUCUGAUGAUGGUCGGUAUAUUGUCUUAUCCAUACGAGAGGGAUGUGAUCCAGUGAACAGGCUGUGGUACUGUGAUCUACAAAAGGAAUCAAAUGGUAUAACAGGAAUUCUUCAAUGGGUGAAGCUGAUAGACAACUUCGAUGGCGAGUAUGACUAUGUCACCAAUGAGGGAACAGUGUUCACUUUCAAGACAAACCUCCAUGCUCCAAAUUAUCGAUUAAUCAAUAUUGAUUUCAGUGAUUCAGAUGAAUCCAAAUGGAAAGUGCUUGUCCCUGAGCAUGAGAGAGACGUUCUAGAAUGGGUUGCUUGUGUUAGGUCCAACUUCCUGGUUUUGUGUUACCUGCAUGAUGUGAAGAAUGUUCUACAACUUCAUGAUCUAGCCACUGGCACACAUCUCAAGACUUUUCCUUUGGAAGUCGGCAGCAUUGUGGGAUAUAGUGGCCGAAAAAAGGACACACAAAUAUUUUAUCAGUUUAUGUCCUUUUUAUCUCCAGGUAUUAUUUAUCACUGUGAUCUGACAAAAGAAGAACUGGAGCCAAGAGUUUUCCGGGAGGUGACUGUGAAAGGAUUUGAUCCUUCGGUUUAUCAGACAGUUCAGGUUUUCUACCCCAGCAAAGAUGGUACCAAGAUCCCAAUGUUUAUUGUCCACAAGAAGGGAAUUAAAUUGGAUGGAUCUCAUCCUGCUUUCUUGUAUGGCUAUGGGGGUUUCAACAUAUCUAUUACUCCAAGCUACAGUGUAUCAAGACUUAUUUUUGUGAGACAUCUGGGCGGUGUUCUAGCUGUGGCUAACAUCAGAGGAGGUGGUGAAUAUGGAGAGACCUGGCACAAAGGUGGUAUCUUAGCGAACAAACAAAAUUGCUUUGAUGACUUCCAGUGUGCAGCAGAAUAUCUUAUCAAAGAGGGAUAUACAUCUCCAAAGAAGCUGACUACUAAUGGAGGUUCAAAUGGGGGUCUCUUAGUGGCUGCUUGUGCUAAUCAACGCCCUGACCUGUUUGGUUGUGUGAUUGCUCAAGUUGGAGUAAUGGACAUGCUUAAGUUCCACAAAUUCACCAUUGGUCACGCCUGGACAACUGAUUAUGGCUGCUCUGACUAUAAAGAACAAUUUAAAUGGCUAAUCAAGUACUCUCCACUUCAUAAUAUCAAACUACCAGAAGAGGACGGAAUCCAGUAUCCCUCCACGUUACUUCUCACGGCAGACCAUGAUGAUCGCGUGGUCCCUUUGCACUCACUGAAAUUCAUUGCUACUCUGCAGUACGUGGUGGGCCGAAGCCGUAAACAAACCAACCCACUUUUCAUUCAUGUUGAUACCAAGUCUGGGCAUGGAGCAGGAAAACCAACAACUAAAGUUAUAGAAGAAGUGUCUGAUAUGUUUGCCUUUAUAGCACGAUGCCUAAAUCUUGAUUGGAUUGAAUAGGUAGAGUACAUAUUACUGUCUCAAUUAGAAAUCAAGGGCUUUUACACUAUUUGAAAACAACCAACCAGUUGGUGUAGUACUUACAUUUAAGAACUGCAGUUUAAUAUUUUAUUGAUCCAAUCUGCUGUGGAGUUUUGGUCUUUUAAGCUUCCUUCUUUUUAAUAUUUACUGGGGUUUCUUUUCUACUAGGUUCAGGUAUAUGUUUUAAAUAGCACCUUUGAAUAGAUAGCUGAAUUGCUGGCACUGCUGUUGUGAAGAUUUAGAUUCCCGAGUUGGUGGUAGUUGAGCUUAUUUCAUAUCAAUCAAUUUUAAUGUAUUUUGCAUCUAUAAACAUAUCCAGUUCACCUGUAAUUAAAUGUAAGUACUGUUCCUGUACAAACACUUGGAGAAUAAUAUCUGUUAUUUAAGAAUGUUAUGGUUAUUACAAAAUCUUUUCAAUUAAAAUGCUGAAGUACAAAUACGUUGGGUCAUUUGAAGUCAAAUAUUGCUGUUAAACAGCUUACACUUCACGUUAUUCAUAACAGUGUAUUAGUCCAUCAUACUUCUGUUGCUUAGUUUAAUCAGUUUAUUGUAGCUGUCCAGUACUUCACCAGCUUAGUAUCAGGUAAUUUAUUUCCGCAUGUAAUAGAAACUCAACCUGGAGAACUUGGAUUAUCUCUAGAAUUUUGCUCUUUUCUUUUCAAGUUGCACAGAUAAUCUUGACAAUGUUGUCUCAUUGCUCCCUGCAUCUUUAACUACUUCUGAACAACAGACCAGCUAUUACCAGUGUUGCACACAGAGCCCUGAUCGAGCUCCCCCAAAACUGGACACUCACCAGGCUGUUGUGUUUGGGGGCCCACCUCACUGGGUACUGUGUGGUCUUUAAGCCUCCUGAGUCUGAACAGAAUCCAGGUACUACCUCUGGCGUACAGUCCCUAUGCAUAUUCAGGGUGAAGGUCCUCUUGUCUGGCACUCCCUCAUGAGAGAUGAGACCCUGCAGUCCAGCUGCCCAGCCCUUCAGACUAGUGCUGACGCCUCAGGCUCAUCUGUAGCUUAAAUACAUACUCUCCCAGAGCUCCAGCCAUGUGAGCAUUCAGGGUUUACAGUUUAGCUCCAUAUGGUCAUUCAAUGGUGAAAGCAAACAGACCCAUUAACUUUGCAUAGGAGUCUAAAAUAACAGUACUCUUUUACUCUUGGGGGAAUUCUGGA